AUGACGGAGGCGACGCUGCGAUGCGAAUGGGAGACGUGGAGCCAAGAGCAGGGCGAGGAUUCCUCGUCGGUUCAGCUACAGGAGCUCGAGGGCGAGACCGCCACGCUGGAACUUGCCCGGGAUGGAAAGGUCUAUGCAACGCUUGCCUUGACGGCCAUGGAUGCUUCCUCUUUCUUCCUGGAGGCCCUGGGAGAGGCGUCUGACGAGGUGGAAGAGUGGGUGACGAACCUGAACAGCACGUUUGCGGACAAAGCCUUCACCUUCAGUGAUGCUCUGUCCGCCAUCCGAGCAAAAAUCCCCGCCAAGAAGCAACUCGAGGAGGAGGCGCCAGCCGAUCGGGCGGCGAAGCGAAAGGCCCAGGAGGAAGAUGCGCACUGGGCCGCUUUGGCCGAAGCCUCUGCCUCCCAGGGCUCUCGGCAAGCCUCCCAGGUACUAAUGCGCGAAAUGCGCUCGCUGAUGGCGUUGCCAGGCUCAGACGGAAAGAAGGCUCUGGAGGUUGUCAUGGUCAAGGAUUCCCUGUACCACUGGAGCGUGAAGAUGUCCGCGGACAGCUUUCCCCCGAGUGAUCUUCGGAGCGAGCUGGAGAAGUUCGGGGCCAGCCACCCGUCCAAAGUGGCAGCGGUGGUGAUGGAAGUGCUCUUCCCGGACAGCUUCCCCAUGGCGCCACCUUUCAUCCGGCUCGUGCGGCCGCGGUUUCAGAUGCACACAGGACACAUCACCGUCGGGGGGAGUGUUUGCAUGCAGCUUCUGACCCCCUCCGGCUGGCUGCCCACCGUUUCGCUGGAGAAUGUCUUCGUAGCAAUUCGGAGCGAGAUGGUGGAGGGUGGUGGACGCCUGGACUUCAGCUGCACGCGCGACUACAGCGCGCAGGAGGCCAGAGAGGCCUUCCAGCGGGUGGCGCAGCGGUAUGGCUGGCUCAGGACUUGA